AUCCACUACUCUGCAGAACCCACGUACCUAACGCGCGACAUCAUGAAGCCCACUGAGCUAGUCUCCUUCGUGACCUUAAGCCUCCUCGCGUCCAGGUCAUUCGCAUUCUCCUCACAAUCCCACGACCAGAGUGUGUUCUCUGCGGACAACGGUGCAGCAGCGGAGAUGGACCACAAGGCGUAUGUGGAAGGUCUUCUGGCAUUCCACGACCACGAUCCUGUUGCUGCUAUGAAGGUUGUGGACCCUGUCUACGGCGCUAUGUUGGACGAGCCUCGUUUGCUUGAAGUCUUUGGCCAGCCAAGGCAAUGGAUGACGGAAGGAGACAAGCUGCGUCUGAAGCAGGAGGGGUUGUCCUUCAUUGACCUUACCAACUUCGAAGUGUUUGAAGUGGACAGCGCGGUUGCGAAAGAGGUGAAGUCCUGGCCUGACAUUCACAAGCAAACGAAGGUCAACGAGGCCAUUUCUUUGCUUAACGUUGAUAAUCUGAGAAAGAAUCUUGAGACGCUCACGUCUUUCUACAACCGAUUCUAUCGGUCAGAAUACGGAGUCAAGAGUUCACGUUGGAUUUUUGACCAAGUGCUCGAGAUUGUCGCAAAUGCCCCACCUUCCACCCGCCUCUCUGUAGAAACUUUCCCCCACUCCUUCCCUCAAUCCAGUAUUAUCGCGCGUUUUGAGCCUGCCGGCGGUCGCGCGUCUUCCUCAUCACACCAGGACGUCCUCCCGCGGAUCAUCAUUGGCGCACACCAGGACUCUGCGAACUACAAGUUCCCGAUGCUCCCCGCACCCGGCGCGGACGACGACGGCUCGGGCACAGUCACGAUCCUCGAGGCAUUCCGCACGCUCGUGGAGGCGGGGUUCAAGCCCGCAGCGCCGGUUGAGUUUCACUGGUACGCAGCUGAGGAGGGUGGACUGCUCGGAAGCCAGGAGGUGGUGAAGGAAUACGUAGCUUUGGGCAAGAAGGUCGGCGCUAUGGUUCAGUUCGAUAUGACUGGAUACGUCAAACCCGGAACAACACCCACCGUCACCCUUAUCACGACGGAUGUUCACCCAUCGCUGACGAACUGGACACUAUCAUUAGCCGAGGAGUACUGUGAUUCCGUCGUCCAAGGGGCCAAACUCUUCCCCGGAGCCGGUUCGGACCACAUGUCAUGGCACCGAGCUGGAUUUGCGGCAACGGCUGCGACAGAGGCGGAACCGUUCAAGGAUCUCAACCCAUAUAUCCACACAGCUGACGACCGAUUGGACCUAGAAGAUGGCUCGUUCUCAUUUGAGCAUGCCUUGGAGUUUUCGAAGCUCGCAGUUGGCUUUGCUGUUGAGCUCGGCGGCUGGAUGGACUGAAGGUUGUCGACGUACAACCUGUCGUAGGGUAAAGCUCUCAAAUGCAUUUAUUAAUGCACGGGACUGCCGUUCGGUUGCCAUUCGUCAAGUUUUCACCAGGUAUUACAUAACGUACGGUCGUCACAUCCACAAGUAAUAUCAGAAGAAUGAACGUUAUGGUAUCGAUUUGUUGGUUGGUCGAUACUCAUCAACGUCGCCC